AUGCUGAAAAACACGAAAACGGACCAGACCCCGUUAGAAACACGGGAUGCCCUGUUGAAACGGCAGGCUGCACAGUGUUGGAAAAGUUGCUUCUCGAUCUGCCUAUUCGCGUACAACGUGAUGAAAACCGACAACAUGCAGAAAAACCAUCAUCUAGACAUUCUGGGCAGAGAGCUAGACAUGCUCAGAACAGAAAACAAGCGCAUCACGGAUGUGUUUGUUGCAGAGCUCGGGCGAGUGAAGAAUCUUCUGAUCAGUGGAACAGAUCACGGUCCGCUGCUCAAAAUGGUAGCGGACAUGCAGACACGUGUGUAUUCGAUGGAGAAUGCCCUGAAAACAGAAAACGAGACAGCAAGAUGCAGGGAAGAGGCGGCCGGUUUAAGAGAUGAACUGCACAGGGCACGAAGUGAGAACGGAAAGAUGCGGCACGACAAGCAGUUGCUGGAGGAAGAAUUGAGGGGAAAAGAAACAAUGGAUGGAAUCAGAACAGCAAUUGAAACGAUUGGAACGGACCUGGCCAGAGCAAACGAGAACCACACGGUACAGAGGAAUCUUCUGCUCAGAAAUAUGGACACAAGGAGGGAUUUAAAGCGGGUUUAUCGGGAAAAAAUAAGUCGAGUCUCGCGCGUGCUGGUAGUCCUGAGAGCAGAAUGCAGCAGUUUGCGUGAGCCACUGGCAGAUGUGAUGAAGCUUGUGGAUGGUCUUUGUAAAUUAAAAAACGCUGUGUUCAACGAACAGGCAGUGCGAGAUAGAGACGUGAUUGCCAGGAUGCGAAAUGACUACGAGAGUAAAAUACGGUGUUUCCAGGAUGAAGUAGCACGGUUGAAGAGAUCGAGGCGAGAGAGAAGAAGCAAACCAGACAACUCGGAUGUCUGGAACGUGUUUGAGAACUGA